AUCAAAUUUUGAAUAUCUAAUGCGUUUGAAUACAAUAGCUGGUCGAACAUUUAAUGAUUUAGGUCAAUAUCCUGUGUUUCCUUGGAUUUUAGCUGAUUAUACUUCUUCAGAAUUAGAUUUAAAUUCACAACAUACAUUUCGUGAUCUUUCACGACCUAUUGGAUUAGCUAAUCCGAAAUUUAUUCAAGAAGUCAGAGAGAAAUAUAAUUCAUUUGAAGAUCCAAGUGGUGUUAUGCAAAAAUUUCAUCAUGGAACUCAUUAUUCAAGCGCUGCUGGUGUCUUGCAUUAUCUUGUCCGUUUGGAACCGUUUACAACGUAUCAUGUAAAUUUACAUGGAAAUAAAUUUGAUGUUGCAGAUCGUCAAUUCUAUUCUAUUCCAAAAGCAUGGCGUUUUAUAUUAGAUAAUCCAAAUGAUAACAAAGAGUUAAUUCCGGAAUUUUUUUUCUUACCUGAAUUUCUACGAAACAGUAAUAAUUUUGAUUUAGGCUUUCGUCAACAUAAUCAAAAUCGUAUUCAUGAUGUAGAACUACCGAAUUGGGCUUCAACACCAGAAGAAUUUAUACGUAAACAUCGUGGUGCAUUGGAAUCUGAUUAUGUUUCAUCACAUUUACAUUUGUGGAUUGAUUUAAUUUUUGGUUAUAAACAACGUGGUCCAGAUGCAGUGAAUGCAUUGAAUGUAUUCAAUUUUGUAACAUAUGAAGGUGCUGUAGAUUUAGAUAAAAUUAGUAAUUCAUGUGAACGUGAAGCUUUAGAAAGUAUGAUACAGAAUUUUGGACAAACUCCAAGUCAAUUACUUAAAGUACCACAUCCAAAACGUUUAACCUAUUCUGAAUGGUUAUCUAUAUUAAUUCAUCAAUGUAGAUUACCUGUUAUUAGUUUAUUAACUUAUGCUAAUCUUAAACAUGACAAUUCAAUACACAAACAUAACUCCUUGAUACAAUCAACAUCUACUACUACUACUACUACUACUAUUAGUAGCAGUAGUAGUAGUACUAGUACUACACCUAACAGUACAAAGCCUACAACAUUCUUUCAACGUCUCUUAUCUGAUAAUAAUCCAAAUGAAUAUUUUCAUUCAAUAUUCAAUACUCAUACAUUAUUUGAUAAGAUUGAAUUCAUCAAUCAUAAAUGGUGUACUAUAAAACAUUCAAAUAUCAAUGAUAUUGGUAUUAGUAUAGAAACAAUAAAAUUAAAAGAGAAUACAAUAACUCAAUUGAAUUCAAUCUAUUUAACUGUUAUACCAGCAUUUUGUUGUCCAUCUAAACAAGAAUCAACUAUAAUGAAUACAUUCAAUAAAGAUUUAUCUUAUACAGAUAUUUAUCGUUCAACAAAUCUAUUAAAAACUCGUUUAUUCUCUACUGGGAAUUCAUCGAUGUUAUCAGCAGUAGCAGCAGCAGCUGCUGCUGGAUUAAUGACAACAACAAUGGCAGCAACAACUACAACACCACCGCCGCCACCACCACCACCAACAACAAUAUCUGAAAAUCAAUUACCAAAAUCUAAUUGGGAACGUUUAGCAUCAGCUGUUUUUACUAUUAAUAGUAGAGGUAUUAUUGAUCGAUAUUUUUGGAUACCAACUGAUCAACAAUCUAUAGAAUAUAAGAACAAUAAUAUUGAACCUUUAGAACAAUAUGGUUUAUUCUAUGAUUCAUGUCGUUCAUCACAAUAUGGCUCUGUUGGACCAUUUGAUUCAUCAUGGAUUCAUUUCAUUGAAAAUACAAAUAAUUUUAAACUUGAUGAAAUAUUUUCUUUAAAUUUAUCUAAUACAGAACAAUCUUCAUCUUUAAAUACUAUUGGUUCACAAUUAUUUGCAUUAACCUAUGAUGAUAAAUGGUUAUUUAUUGGUGGAAGAUGGGAUGGACGUUUAACUAUAUAUAAUAUGUAUCAAUCAAAAAUUCAUGCUUUAUUAACAAGUCCACAUAUAGAUACAAUUAAUCAAUAUAAGAAUUCAAUUAGAACACAUUAUUAUAUUAUUACUGGUAGUCGUGAUGGUACAUGUGCUAUAUGGGAUUUUGAUAUUUUAAAUGAAGAAGAUAAUGAUGAUCGUGAUCGCGAUUAUGAUUAUGAUCAUAAUGAUGAUCGUAAUGAAGAAGAAGAUCUCAUAGAGUUUCGAUAUGAUCAUUCACCUUUUAUUAAUGAUUCAUUAUUAUCAUCAUUGAAUCAAAGAAAAUUAUUAAAUAGUAAUGUGUUUUUUGGUAGUCAAGAUGAUCUAUCAAUGAAUUCUGAUCCAAAGACUAUACAUGAUGAACAAGAUCAAAAGGAACAUCCUUCAUGUUAUCGAUCUUUUGAUGAAACUGGAUCCCCAUCAUCAUCAUCUUCAUCUUCAUCAAGACUAUUAUUCAAUACAAUCUAUUUACCUAAAAUGGAUUAUCAUUUACAAUAUAAAAAUGCUGGUCUACCAUUUUAUCCAUUUCAUUCAUAUAAAUCUAAAAAAUCAAAACGUUUAGCAAAAAUAAUAAAAAUUUUCUAUGGAAAUUUAUAUGGUAACCCAGUAACAUGUGUUGCAUUGAAUAUUGCCUUAGAUACAGGUGUCAUGGCAACAAAUGCUAAUCAUGAUCUAUAUUUAUUUAGUGUAAAAUUAUCAAAUUGGUCACGUGUACUUAAAUUGAAUACAAUCGAAUUAAAUAUGAUAAAUGAAUUACAUUAUCCAUUUGAGAUAUAUCCAAAUACAGAAAAGAUAUUUUUACAUAGAAAUAGAUAUACUACUGUCAAUCAUCUACUUAUAUCACCUAGAUUAGGUUUAAUUUAUAUACAAUGGAAUGUUAUUAUAAAAACGAAUCAAUCUAAUAUAAAUAAAGAAGAAAUUGGACCUAAAUUAAGUUUAUUUAAUUCAAUCGGUGAAAAAUUAUUAGAAAUUUCACCAUUUAUUUAUACUACUGAAUAUAAUCAUAUAAGUAAUGAUAAUAAUAAUAAUAAUCAUCAUAAUACUGCAGAAUACUUAGAUGAUCAUUUCAAUCAUUGCAUAUCUCAACAUAUUCUAAUGUCAUUUAAUACAGGACAUUUGAUGAUUUUCAUGGCAGAAACAUUAGUACCUAUUUAUUGUAUUAAAUUAAAUGAAGGAAUUAAUAAUCUAUCAUUAUUAUGUAAUCUUUCAUCGAAUCAAUAUCUUAUUGAAGGUAUUCAUCUUAUGUUAUCAUUAAUGAAUAAUCAAUUAGUAAUAUUUCAAACAAUACGAAAGAAAAUAGAAAGAAAGCAGUUAGCAACAAGACAAGUAUGAAAUUGUUUUACUUGUGCAGAAUCAAUGAUGAAAUAAAAUGAAUAAUUUAUAUGAUGCCAAAGAUUCUUAUGAUUAACAUAUUUCAAUAAACAAUAAGCACCACAAAAAAAACAGAUUGCGUAACAAUAAUUUAUGAAUGAACCAAUCAGAUUGAAG